CAGGGGUGGUCAGCAGGACUGACGCGGGAGCGGAUGUACGGAAGGGAUUUAAACUAGCGGACAUAACGUUUUGACAGGAUUCGCUAAUAACCAGAGCAUCCUCCCAAUACAUGCAGUAUUGCAAACUGCAAAUGAAUGAAGCUGCGUGAUUGAACAGGAUGUAUUCGAGGAUAUAAGCGGAGGUGUGGAGGUUUUCCCGCGGUUGUCUGCAGAAAUAGUGGCUCUCACCACCUCUACCUGACUGCAGGUAGCUCCUAGAGACGGGCGGAUCUGUCCGUGUUCCCCGUUUGUUGGUGGAUGAACUUCAACAUCUAUUAUUAAUGAUUCGGGACCUGAGCAAGAUGUAUCCGCAGGCACGGCACCCGGUACCUCACCAGCCGGGCCAGCCCUUCAAGUUCACUGUGUCAGAGUCAUGUGACCGCAUCAAGGAGGAGUUUCAGUUCCUACAGGCUCAGUUUCACAGUCUGAAACUGGAGUGUGAGAAACUGUCCAGUGAGAAGACAGAGAUGCAGAGACACUAUGUUAUGUACUAUGAGAUGUCUUAUGGACUCAACAUUGAGAUGCACAAACAGGCGGAGAUGGUGAAGCGACUGAAUGCUAUCUGUGCCCAAGUCAUCCCGUUCCUUUCACUAGAGCACCAGCAGCAGGUGGUCCAGGCGGUGGAAAGAGCAAAACAGGUCACCAUGGCUGAACUAAACUCUAUCAUCGGGCAGCAGCAGCUCCAUGCCCAGCACCUGUGUCAUGGCCCUGCCCUCCCGGUGCCCCUCAUGACCCAACCUUCUGGGCUCCAACCCCCUCAACCACCCCUACCCACCGCGGGCAGUGCCAGCCUCCUGGCCCUCUCCUCUGCCCCCCUACCCACCGCAGGCAGCAGCAGCCUCCUGGCCCUCUCCUCCGCCCUCGCUGCCCAUCAGCUGCCCCUAAAGGAGGACAAACUCAAGGACAACACCGACAGAGAAAGAGACUCAGUCAAGAGUCCGUCUGUGUCCCCCUCCUCCAGUUUCCGAGCAGUAGAGAAGCACAGGAGUUCAGGUGACUCCUCAGACAGCAAGAAACAGAAAAUGGCUGAAAAGGAGCUGAGCGCCACACGUUACGACAGCGACGGGGAGAAGAGUGAUGACAGCCUAGUGGUGGAUGUCUCUAAUGAGGAUCCUGCCUCUCCUAGAGGAAGCCCCACUCACUCCCCUCGUGAGAACCGAUUGGAUAAGAGCCGUCUGCUGAAGAAGGAAGUCCCUCCCCUCAGCCCCGCCUCUAUGGCCUCAUCCAGUAGUACGCCCUCCAACAAGUCCAAAGACCUCAUCAUGAAUGAGAAGUCCAGCACCCUGACCCCCACCCCCAGCAGCACCUCGACCCCCGGUCUGAGAGGGAAAACGUCAGGACUAGAGGGCCCUGGUCUGCGUCCCCUGGCGUUGCCGUGUCCUUACCCGGGUGCGUUUGGCAUGGUGCCCCACCCAAGCCUCAACGGGCUGAACGGCGACCUGGGCGGAGCCAGCGCCUACGCCUCCCUACACAACCUGUCUCCUCAGAUGAGUGCAGCUGCUGCAGUCGCGGCCUACGGACGAUCACAAGUGGUUGGUUUUGACCCCCACCACCACAUGAGGGUCCCUGGUCUUCCUCCCAACCUCUCUGGCAUUCCUGGAGGAAAACCAGCCUACUCCUUCCACGUGAGUACUGAGGGCCAGAUGCAGCCGGUACCGUUCCCUCCGGACGCCCUGAUAGGCCCGGGGAUUCCCCGGCACGCCCGUCAGAUCAACACGCUGAGCCACGGCGAGGUGGUGUGUGCCGUCACUAUAUCCAACCCAACCAGACACGUCUAUACAGGAGGGAAGGGCUGUGUCAAGAUCUGGGACAUCAGCCAGCCCGGCAGCAAGAGCCCUGUGUCACAACUAGACUGUCUGAACAGAGACAACUACAUCCGUUCAUGCCGGCUGCUGCAUGACGGGCGGACUCUGAUCAUAGGAGGCGAGGCAUCCACACUUUCAAUCUGGGACCUAGCCUCACCCACCCCGCGUAUCAAGGCAGAGCUAACGUCUUCCGCCCCGGCCUGCUACGCCCUCGCCAUCUCCCCAGACGCCAAGGUCUGCUUCUCCUGCUGCAGCGACGGGAACAUCGCCGUCUGGGACCUCCACAACCAGACACUGGUCAGGCAGUUCCAAGGCCAUACGGACGGGGCUAGCUGUAUAGAUAUCUCUCACGAUGGGACCAAGCUGUGGACAGGAGGUCUGGACAACACCGUACGCUCCUGGGACCUGAGGGAGGGACGGCAGCUACGUCAGCACGACUUCACCUCACAGAUCUUCUCUCUAGGGUACUGUCCUACAGGGGAGUGGUUAGCUGUAGGGAUGGAGAACAGUCAUGUAGAGGUGCUCCACGUCACCAAGCCAGAGAAAUACCAGCUACAUCUCCAUGAGAGCUGUGUCCUCUCCCUCAGGUUUGCUCACUGUGGUAAAUGGUUUGUGAGUACCGGGAAAGACAACCUGCUGAACGCAUGGAGAACCCCUUACGGAGCCAGCAUAUUCCAGUCUAAGGAGUCAUCCUCAGUGCUAAGCUGCGACAUCUCUGGGGAUGACAAGUACAUUGUGACUGGCUCUGGAGACAAGAAGGCCACCGUCUAUGAGGUCAUCUACUAGACCCCUGACAUUGACUUGUCACCCGACCAAAAAUCGACCCUGUCCGAGGGUAUUUUGUCUGUCCUGUGAUGUAGUUUUCCUUGAAAACGGACAACUUCCUAAUAUGGAUUCCGUACACCAUCCUCUCCCCCCAGUGCCCCAACCCCAGGACUGAUAUGGAUUCCGUACUGCACCCCUCACCUCUAACCCCUGACCUGGAUGUGGACCAAUCAAAAUGCCUGAACAGAACAGAACCAAAUACUGGAGACUUCUCUUCUUCUUCGGACUGUUUUGUUUUCUAUCGAACCAAUGACUUUUCUAACACUUGUUUCCACGAAGACGAAUGAAGCCUCGUCUAGGAGUCCAGAUAGAGGGGACAUUCUGGAAUGAUAAAAUAUGACAAAACGCCAAAAUAUCGUCCCUUGUAUCCCACCAAGAAAUUACAUUUUUCCUGAUGCUUUUCUCAACACCCGGAGAAACUGCUGGUUGUCAUCGGAACUUGUAAACAAGGCAGCAUGGUAUUUAUCUUAAUGUGACUCCAUGCAGCCACUGGCAACGUCCACGAUAGGUUUGCCUGGAACCGCUUGUGGAUUUGAUAGCUCUAACGCAGCACCUCCUGACACGGCUGAUUGAAUCGGGCCCUAAAAUGCCUUUCAAAUGAGCGGUUGGACUAGUAGUGUCAGACUACCUAAGACAGGACAGUCGAGGCAGCUUGUAAACUUUCAGAAAUGCCUUGAAAUAACUUGUUCUGUAUAUUCCUCAGUUCACACUGAAAUACUUGUUGAAGGCUUGGUGUUCAAUCACAUUCUCAACUCAAAAUAAAGAGUCCUAACUGAAUGUUAAACACAGUUAGCCGAUGGACUUAUUGACCUGAGAAAGACAGUUAGCCGGUGAACUUAUUGACCUGAGAAAGACAGUUAGCCGAUGAACUUAUUGACCUGAGAAAGACAGUUAGCUGUUGAACUUAUUGACCCGAGAAAGACAGUUAGCUGAUGAACUUAUUGACCUGAGAAAGACAGUUAGCCGAUGAACUUAUUGACCUGAGAAAGACAGUUAGCUGAUGAACUUAUUGACCUGAGAAAGACAGUUGGCCGAUGAACUUAUUGACCUGAGAAAGACAGUUGGCCGAUGAACUUAUUGACCUGAGAAAGACAGUUAGCCGAUGAACUUAUUGACCUGAGAAAGACAGUUAGCCGAUGAACUUAUUGACCUGAGAAAGACAGUUAGCCGAUGAACUUAUUGACCUGAGAAAGACAGUUAGCCGAUGAACUUAUUGACCUGAGAAAGACAGUUAGCCGAUGAACUUAUUGACCUGAGAAAGACAGUUAGCCGAUGAACU